CAACCACGCUAUCCAACCACCCAUCCAACGACCGCGACCGUAACGAACAUAAUGAGCGAUAACGCAGAAUACAAGGAGGCAUUCGCUCUGUUCGACAAGAAGGGCACGGGCGCCGUGCCGCGCGAAGUGCUCGGGGACCUCCUGCGUGCGCUCGGGCAGAACCCGACGCAGGCUGAGGUGGCGGACAUCGUUGCGGGCGCGCCGCGGGAUGUCGACUACAAGUCAUUCCUCACGAUCCUGAACCGGCCAGACGGCUUCAAGCCUGCAGGGACACCAGAGGAGUUCAUCCGCGGGUUCCAGGUGUUCGACAAGGAGGGGAACGGGUUCAUCGGCGCGGGCGAGCUGCGAUACGUGCUCACGCAGCUGGGGGAGAAGAUGUCGGACGAGGAGGUGGACGAGCUCCUCAAGGGCGCGCAGAUCGGACCGGACGGUACCGUGAACUACGAGUCGUUCGUGCGCACGAUCCUGAGCCAGUAAAUGGACGAGACAGACGUGAAUAGCGGAAGGUGUGGCCAUAGCGUGUAAUGAUACCAUUGUUGACGUCGUCGUGCUUGUUGUCUUUCUUAUUCUCGGAUGCUGACGAAU